UUUGCAUUUUGGAAAUCUUCUAUCCGGAAAAUAAAAAAAAAUUGUAGACGAAAACAUGAAAUGUUGAGAUGGAAGAAAGCGAUGAAGAAAUAGAGGUGUUGAGAAAAGAAUUGGAAUGGCUUCUGCAAGACCAGGUGCAUCAAGUUCUGGAUGAAGUCCAUGAGACACUUGUAGAAUGCUGUCGAAGGUUUUUGAUAAAAGCAAGUCCAGAUUUUACAUUUGAGAAUGAGGAGGAGGUAACUCUGAAUCGACGGGAUGGCGGUGAUAACAGCCUGGUGCAUUCCCAGAGAAUCCUCAUGUCGAGUCCAAACGGAGGCAUCAACCAGGUGAAAUGUGUGAUAACUUUGCUGGGGGACAGUAUAUGUGAUGCUGACAUAACCUUCAAACAUAAGCAAGGGAAAGACAACAGUCAAUUUAGGACGGGAUUUGGACAGGAGAGGGUCUGGAAACUUCAACAGAUCCAGGAUGCCAGUAACUUCCUGUACACUGCGAGACUUCGGGUAGAGGGCCAGGAUAAGGACCACACUUACAAAACAGCCAAGGAGGUGAUACUGGUAGGUUAUCUCGACCACACUUACAAAACAGCCAAGGAGGUGAUACCGGUAGGUUAUCUCGACCACACUUACAAAACAGCCAAGGAGGUGAUACUGGUAGGUUAUCUCGACCACACUUACAAAACAGCCAAGGAGGUGAUACCGGUAGGUUAUCUCGACCACACUUACAAAACAGCCAAGGAGGUGAUACCGGUAGGUUAUCUCGACCACACUUACAAAACAGCCAAGGAGGUGAUACCGGUAGGUUAUCUCGACCACACUUACAAAACAGCCAAGGAGGUGAUACCGGUAGGUUAUCUCGACCACACUUACAAAACAGCCAAGGAGGUGAUACCGAUUCUAGAUGAGGUGAUGAAGAAUUUGUCUCAGGGCCGAUCAUGCUUAGCAUUUCCAAAACGAAAAUCUCUAGAUGAGCUUGUAAAUAAUGUAAAUAUGCAAAUGUUGUACCCUCAUGUGCCAAAUGAUGUUGCGCUUAGCUUCUAUGUACAUUCCUCCAAAUUGGUCCUGGCUUUGUAUCAUCUUCAUGUAAAUGGUCAGCAGAGAGUGGAUAUCACCUCCAGGAAUCAGGUCGAGUGUACGAUACAGUGGUUAAACGAAGCUGUGAUGUUGUUUACUCUUGCCCUCCAACAGUGCCAGCAGCUCAAAGAUAAGAUUGUGGUACUCCAACAGUAUGAAAAAGUGUUAUGACAACGGUGAUAGAGGAAGCUAUCUACUAUACCACGCCACUCAAACAAGUUUAUGGACAGUUUGAUGACCAACUUCUAUGACUGGUCUAGAGUAACAAGUUUAAUCAGAAUCAAAAAUAUAUUUGUAAUUGGAAUAUUUGUGUACAGGGAAGUCUAUACAAACAUUCCUGUUAUUGUUUCAUACUUAUAAAUAGUGAUAUCUCGGUGAGAGAGUUACAGGAGAGAUCUCAUUCGAUAGGAUGACGUGUUAAAUUGAGGCUGAGAUCUUGUCAAACAAGAUUUGCUGAUAACAAUGCUGGUGAGAUCUAAUUAAGAUAUGCUAGGUAACAUUAUGGGUGAAGUCUCAAUAAAAUCAUCAAAAUGAAAUGUAAGGGGGAAAACAGUUACUGAUUCCAUAUCCAAAAUAUAUUUUUCAGAUAUCACAUUUUAAAAAUUCAUUGUUUAAACAAAUGAUAUCAAGGACUUUAAUACAUUAUACAUUAAUGUAUGUAGUACAUAUAUAUAUAUAGGUUUCUCUGGUUUAACUGGGGUUUAUAGUUUCCUUCAGAUACCUAUAUGCACAUCAUUUGUGUGGGGUACAGAUCAGGCCAAUAGAACACUAUAUACAGUUGGCGUGACGAAACCUAGCGAUACGUGGAGUCAUGUAGGCGGUAAACGAGUAAAUAAUUAACGGACAGUUCAGUUGAUUGGGAUCAGAAGUGUACUGGGGCCAUUUAAUACUGCUGGAGGGUCCAUCAACAAUUACUAUAGGAACAAUGGCAUGUUAUCAGUCACAUACAGUCAAACUUCGUUAACUCGAACUCGGAUAACUCGAAGACCCCGUUUAACUCGAAGUAUUACUCCGGUCCCGGCCAAAAUCCUUCUUUUUCUUAGUAAUAAAAACUCGGAUAAUUCGAAAAAACUCGGGUUAUCCCGAAGUAAAAUGUUGGUCCCGAUAUUACAAAAUCUAUGUAAAAUGUACCGGUUAUCCCGACGUUGAAAACAUUAUUUUCAUUUUCAAAGAAAAUGUGUUGACAAAAUACUCAUCGUACGUCUCGGUAAAUUUUUCACAGUUUCGGGUACGGGAAAUAUCCCAUUUUUAUUUCGGUUUGUUAUUAAAUUACAUUAAACAUACCUGACUAUUGUUGAUGUAAAACCCGUCUUUAUUAAGAUCCGACAGUAUGGAUGUUGACAAACAGCACUUACAUAAGCUCUUUGAUGAUUAAAGUAGUGUGAUAAUUAUACUCAAGCUCGCUACACUGUCAAAUUGUCUGGGUCACCAUGCGCGAUCAGGCGGAACAUAUUCGACACCUGAAAUUACAAUCAUGGCUGGGUAAUGCGUGAAUUAUUUCCAGGACUUUGUUUCUGAUCGAACUAUGAUAAGUGAUUUAAGUUUGUGGUUUGUGAUUGUUGUAUCGACCACAGGCGUUUGAAGUUCUGACUGUAAACCGAGAUAUAAUACCAUAUAAAAAAUAAGGGUAUUUACUAUAUUUACUUUUUUAUAGUAAAUACCCUUUAUUUUUUAUGUGGUAUUAUAUCUCGGUUUACAGUCGGAACUUCAAACGCCUGUGUAUCGACGUGUUGUAUCGAUUGUUGAUCGACGUGUACUUGCACGUGUAUUUCCGGCUGCUAGUCCACUUGUCAUCAUGUGGCUGUGCCGAUACAUUUGUGUAUGUAUUAUUUGCCGCAGACUUCAUAUAUUGGUUUUUUAUGAUGUUUAGCAAUAAUAUCAUUUAUGUACCAUGAUAGAAAUUAUUUAAAUAGAUAUUAGAUUGCUAAAAUUGUGUGGUAAUCUUCUCGUCUUUCACUCACUUAGAAAUGACAUGUCGGAUACGACUCCCAAUCACAGGUAUACACGCUCACUUGAUUUCAAAACGAUAUGAUAGUAUUGCAUGAAAUAUAAUCUAUUUAUUAGAAAUAUCAUUUUUAGUAUAAAUAAUAAAUACAAUUUUGUUAUAAUUAUUAUUUGAAAUCAAAUAGGCGUGAUUCUGUUAAGGAUUUUUUUAAAGAUAUAUAUACCAACACGUCUACCUUGAAACUCGGUUAACUCAAAGACUCGGAUAACUCUGGAAGUUUUUUUACGAUCCCGAUGACGAGUUAACGAGGUUUGACUGUAUUUAAGCUGUGAAUCUGUCUUGGUGAACUUUUGCUUUUGAAAAGUCAUCAAAUUUUGUCGGAUAUGUUGGUACUUUUUGUAUGUCAUUAUAGAGGAUACAAGUUUCCUGAAAAAUGUCCAGUGUGCUAACUGUUAGAGAUACCAUUGUACAUAUUCAACCCACCACACUGUGUGACACAUGUCAUUUUAGUAGACCCCAUCUAUCUAGUGAUCCUGAAAUUAUACUCUUAACAGACAAGUAAUGAAACUUGAACUGAGUAGAUACUGGUACUCAUGUUAGCUUGUAAGGCAGUGACAGUAAAUUAAUUAAGUUUUAGAUACCUACAUAUCAGCGACAAAUGGUCGCCGUGGUAAUAUUGGAUAUCACUGACCUGGGUAAUCAGUACCCAUGUUUUGAUACAUGUACCAAAUGUGAUAAAUAUAAACAUCAAACUUCUUUUAGUUCACUUUGAUGUAUAAUUAAUAUGAAUGCCAACUGGGUUCCUUUGUUCAAAGUAGGAUUAUAUUAAGUUCAAAAGCAUUAGAUUAACAUGAACACGUUUACAGAUUUACAUUGAGCAUUUAAAAAAGGUUAAGAAAAACAAAGUAUAAUAUUAAUGAAGUUUAAGAUGUUUCUUAAAAAUACAUUUUGAAUUUUUCAAUUUAUGACUCAGAAAAAAAAUCAUUAUUUGGACAAAAAGGAGCCAGAAGUAGAGUGAUAAAGCUUUAAAUGUGGUAUGAUGGAAACUUGAUGUAAGAGGGGAUUAUUGAUUUAUUUCUAUGAAUGGAAACUUGGUGUAAGUAGGAUUAUUGAUUUAUUUCUAUGAAUGGAAACUUGGUGUAAGUAGGAUUAUUGAUUUAUUUCUAUGAAUGGAAACUUGGUGUAAGUAGGAUUAUUGAUUUAUUUCUAUGAAUGGAAACUUGGUGUAAGUAGGAUUAUUGAUUUAUAUCUAUGAAUGGAAACUUGGUGUAAGUAGGAUUAUUGAUUUAUUUCUAUGAAUGGAAACUUGGUGUAAGAGGGAUUAUUGAUUUAUUUCUAUGAAUGUUUUCUGUUCAUUAUGUAUUUUAUUUUGUGGGAGGUCAUGAAAAGCAGUUGAAUGUUUUAAUCACAGAGAAGUGGCUGUUAAAAUGCUUAAUAGUUAAAUGUCUCUAACACAGAUACUGUGUCACACAUGUAUGAUUAAUAUAAGAAAGUAAUUCUAAAUAAAAAAAACAGAGAAACUGGGGCAAACAUGAACAAAAAUAAUAAUGAAAACUAAGACAAAACGAGAAUUUUGCAAUGAAGUGAUAUAUAGUUUUCCCACAGCUGGCAACAUCUAUCAUAAAAAUCAUGAUCUUUCAAAUAAGGUAAUAUUAAAUGCUAAGUGUCCAUGGCAUUAAGUUAUUAAAAUCUUCAUUUAGGACAAAAUUUUAUGAUAAGUACCCAGGUAAUGCUUUAGUGUAAGAUUGAUGUUACAGUGGUAUUUGAUUCAGUGGCUAAAUAUUUUUCUAUUUAUAUUUUACAGAAUCAUGUAAUCCAUAGAAUUAUUACUGUUUAAUACCUGUUUUCAAGAUACCAAAUUCAAUAUUUGCUUUAUUGCUAACAGAUAUGUUUCUAUUUUGAUUUAUGGAUAAUCUAAUAUCGGCCAUAAUGUUCUAAAUCCAAAUUAUUAUUCUUAAUACUGAAUGUUCACAUUAAGAGCUGAAUAUAUACCAAUAGAAGCUCUAUAACUCCAGGAUAUUACACCUAGAGCUGAUAUUACUCAUUCUGAUCUAUCAUAAUUACUUCCCUUCAUUUCACUCUGUCAGAUGGAAGAGCGAUAGCUUGACAGCCGAUGGGGCGGAGAAUGAUAUUACUGUACGUGUUUGUCAUUCACAGUGGGGGUAAUGAUUGUUGUACAUUGUAAGUAUUGUACACAGGCAAUAUUCCUUCACGUGAAAUUUUUGACGUGAAUUUCACGUGAAAAGGGCAAAAAAGUGAUAAUUCGAACAUAAGUGGCUCUACUAUAGACUUGACACUAAUAUAUCUAGAGAUAAUUCGAACAUAAGUGGCUUGGCUAUAGAGACUUUACUAGAGAUAAUUCAAACAUAAGUAGCUCUACUAUAGAGACUUGACACUAAUAUCUCUAGAGAUAAUUCAAACAUAAGUGGCUCUACUAUAGACUUGACACUAAUAUCUCUAGAGAUAAUUCAAACAUAAGUGACUCUACUAUAGAGACUUGACACUAAUAUAUCUAGAGAUAAUUCAAACAUAAGUGGCUCUACUAUAGACUUGACACUAAUAUCUCUAGAGAUAAUUCAAACAUAAGUAGCUCUACUAUAGAGACUUGACACUAAUAUCUCUAGAGAUAAUUCAAACAUAAGUAGCUCUACUAUAGAGACUUGACACUAAUAUCUCUAGAGAUAACUCAAACAUAAGUAGCUCUACUAUAGAGACUUGUCACUAAUAUAUCUAGAGAUAAUUCAAACAUAAGUGGCUCUACUAUAGACUUGACACUAAUAUCUCUAGACUGAGAUAAUUCAAACAUAGAGACUUGACACUAAUAUCUGUAGAGAUAAUUUAAACAUAAGUGGCUCUACUAUAGAGACUUGACACUAAUAUAUCUAGAGAUAAUUCAAACAUAAGUGGCUCUACUAUAGAGACUUGACACUAAUAUAUCUAGAGAUAAAUUAAACAUAAGGGGCUCCGCUAUAGACUUGUCACUAAUAUCUCUAGAGAUAAUUCGAACAUAAGUGGCUCUACUAUAGAGACUUGACACUGAUAUAUCUAGAGAUAAUUCAAACAUAAGUUGCUCUACUAUAGAAUUGACACUAAUAUAUCUAGAGAUAAUUCGAACAUAAGUAGCUCUACUAUAGAAUUGACACUAAUAUAUCUAGAGAUAAUUCGAACAUAAGUGACUCUACUAUAGAGACUUGUCACUAAUAUAUCUAGAGAUAAAUUAAACAUAAGGGGCUCCGCUAUAGGCACGUACUGAACAUUUAUGGAGAAGGCCUCUGUAUAUCCCAGCUGGACUGCAUGAGGUGCUAAUUGACUUACAUUUAAGAAGAAGUGCUUUAAUUGUAAAAUCAUGUCAUCAUUGAAUAAAUUGUAAGUGUUUUA